AUGCUGAAAAGUUUAAAAGUAGCGGACAUUAUUGACACUGUAGAUUGGACAAUGCUAACAAAGAAAACAAAAGAAGGACUCGUUUUAAUAGCAGCAAGAUCAAAAAAGCCGAUUGUCAUUACUGGCGGUCCUAUGAUUUCCAUGACAUUGAAUACUUUUGUUACAAUUAUGAGAACAUCUUAUGCUGCGUACAACUUACUGCAGAGUUCUGGUGCCUAACAUUUAAAAUAAAGA